CGUGGAUCUCCUCAGAGGAUCACCCCUUUUCCUCUCACUGUUCCUGUCAGUCUUGAAAACUUGGAUCCAGUGUUGAAACACAGGCUGCUGAAGAAAAGUCCUAAGAAAGUCCUAAAUUACAAUUCAGAACAGGCUUUUGGUGAUUGCAAAUUUUCCUUGUGCUCCUAGUGAUCCGGACUCUAUGUGCCGAAGUGGAAGUGUCCCUUCAAAUUUUCCUUGUGCUCCUAGUGAUCCGUACUCUAUGCGCCGAAGUGGAAGUGUCCCUUGCACCCGGACUAAGGUCUAAUGAAGUCCCACUAUUCCUGCACUCCAGUUCAGAACCCCGCUUCAAAAUUAUGCCUAUGCCUCAUUCACCAUCUAUUUCACAGGCGGCCUUGGUCGUGGGCUGAAGAGUUCUUAUACACAGUUUCAUUUUCUAAUUUACAUGAGUGAUUACUGGUAGAGGUAAGCCUGACUAUCUACGAAAAAGAAACCAGAGUCAUGAGGCAUUUAUUCCUGCUGUUCACGUGUGGGGCAGAGUAAGGCUAUAGAUACCCGUUCCUUCAAAGGGCCAGACCUCCAGGUUGUUGGGUCAUACAGCGACCACGCAACCAAGGACCUUCUGGGUGACUACUUAUACUGGAGACGACACGAAACCAGUUUUUUUUCUGCGAAGCGAACAAAAUAUUUCAAGAAACGGUGCCUCACGACAUCAACCUCCUUGUGCCGUAUUGAAGGGUCACAACAACAAACGGUGCCUCACGACAUCAACCUCCUUGUGCCGUAUUGAAGGGUCACUACAGCGUCUACUCGCAAGGAUAACUACAGUAAGGAUGGUGUCCGUACGUGCAGCGACGAUCCACGAACUGAUGGGGAUGCAGGCAUGCAACCUGUUCUGUCUGCCAGAAAACUAUCAUUAAGGGUAGGUGGCUAAAGGUGCUCUUAUUAUACCGCUUUUUAUGCCUCUCUCCCUUAGGAAGAGAAAGGCAUAACAAGCGGGGUAAGCGAGCACCAAAAGCCUACCUCUAAUAUCAGAUGAAGUACUACCUGCUGCACAUGCUCAGUUGGCCGUCAUUACUCUAUGUGGCAGAGGAAAUGUGCUCCAAAAAGAUCGUUGGAUACGUGUUGGCGAAGAUUGAUGAAGAUUCAGAGGGGGUAUUACACAUCUUUAAGGAGGAUGCUGUGUUUGGAUAAGGAUGCUAGUCUUUAAUGCUCCUGAAGCACAAUUUCUAGUACGAGUGUAUCGAUUAUGAGAGGCAGCUUCCUUUUCAUCCUACACUAAAUGAUGAGUCAAUUGCGAAAUUCUUACCUACUUUAUCUGAAAGUAGGUGAAGAAUAAAAGCUUUGGAGACCUUCUGAUAGCCUGGGAUGGAGCCUUCGUCUCUCUAUGGCGUGAAAAAAGAUUGAGUCAAUUUCCAAAACUACAUCACUACUUGGGUAAAUGAAUGAAUGAAUGAAUGAAUGAAUGGGAAAACUACAUUACUACUUGGGAUGCCAAUCAGUCAAUACUCAGCGCGACGCCAUUCACGACAUCAAGAGCCCCACCAACCCUUCAAGCCUUUAAAACCUUCCCUCCACAUCGAUUCCGCAAGAGCCCCACCAACCCUUCAAGCCUUUAAAACCUUCCCUCCACAUCGAUUCCUCAAGAGCCCCACCAACCCUUGAAGCCUUUAAAACCUUCCCUCCACAUCGAUUCCUCACAGAUCCACGGCCACAUAACGUCAUUAUCGGUUUUGCGGUCCUAUAGGAAACUAGGCUUGGCGACGAAGUUGAUGCGGAAUACACUGGAAGCGAUGAGGGAGGUCUACGAUGCGGAAUUUGUGUCGUUGCACGUGCGAGUUUCAAACAGAGCAGCAUUUACCCUCUAUAGGCAUGUUCUUGGGUACUAAGAAAUUCUUCUCCUGUUUUGAACAUCAUCAUGUGGCUUAUGCAUGUGGCUUAUGUAUAUCAUAAGGUUGGUAUUCGUAUCCCUGAUUUGAGUUGAAUAUCACUGCCUCAAACAGCUUCGAAAUCCACGAUGUGGAGAAGGGUUAUUACGCAGAUAAGGAAGACGCCUACGAUAUGAGGAAAGAAUUGAAAGCUAAUUCGCAAGUUAACAAAAAGAAGAAGCAAACCGACGAUAACGAAGCGGCAGCAAACGCGUUAGAGGACUUGAAGUACUAACAAUUGUUCUAGAGGUUCUAGUUAUGGAGUUGGAAUUAUUUUCUUUUGAGGCUUCUUCUUCUUGGGGGAACAAAUUGGACUGUGCGCAAACAAUCCAGCCAGUCACAUCCCGAAUCAAUGUUUCCUGGCCUUGUCCUACGCCCCUCUACCUCAUGAAUGAGCACAUCAAUUGAUCUCCCCUCAACCUCCCAGUCAAUGUUUCCUCGCCUUGUCCUACGCUCUUCUACCUCAUGAAUGGUCACGAGCCCAUCAAUUGAUCCCCUCUACCUCAUGUCACGAGCCCAUCAAUCGCCCCUCUACCUCAUGAAUAGUCACGAGCCCAUCAAUUGAUCCCCUCUAUCUCAUGAAUGGUCACGAGCCCAUCAAUUGAUCCCCUCUACCUCAGGGGCUCAUCAAUUGAUCUCCUCAAUCACUCAUGGUCACCACAUCAAUGAGCCCAUCAAUAUCAAUCACUUCCUCAACCUCGUGUUCUCAGGGAAACGAAUUUCACAGACGGUGCGAAAAAAGCCGCGGAAGCAGAGGAGGAUGCAGAGGAUGGCCCGGAAACUAUGGCCGAAGAUAAUUUAGAAAAAGUGGAGGCCACCGCAGGCGCCAGUCCAGAAGCCAACAGUGCUGGCAACGGAGCCGGUAAGAAAACAAAGAAGAAGAAGUAGAUCAUGAUGAUGACGAUGGCGAUUCAUAUGAUAUAUACUUUGCCUUGAUGGAUUCAAACGCAAGCAUUGGACGACUAGUUUCAAUGAAGAUUCGACCACGAUUACUUACUUAUACAUCAAACGAAAAUAUAGCGACUGCUUACUCAAGACAUUGCAAGAACUGUGUGAAGGCAGACUACUCUUCAUGACCUAAAGGACGGGGUCUACAGUUUCAGAUACGAUCAAGUUUCAUGAGGAGAUCAACGCAGUACUACCCGCGCAACCCCUUCAAUACUCGCAUUACCCGGAUCAGUAAGUUAGAUUUCCCACGGGGAGGUUGUACGCCAAUGAUGUUGGUGAAU